CCUGCAUGAGAAUUUGUUGCAGAUGGUGUCAUGCAUUGAAAGUAUGGAGGCAGAGCUUCAGUGUACCAAGACAGAAUUAAGCAGUGUUAGAGAGAAAUGCAAAAGGCUUCAGGAGAGCUACACAAGCUGUCAGCAGGCAAACAGUGUCCUGGAAGAAAAACUCCUGUCAAUGGAGGAAAGCAUGAAGCAGAAGGAUCACUUACACAGGAUAUCAGAGCUGACCAAACAACUGGAUACAGCAAAAAGUACAAUCAUCUCAUUGGAAAACAUUAAUAUUCCCUUCUUGAUUAAAGAGCUUUUGGACAAGCAUUUUGACUCUGAAGAUGCUGUGAAGAACAUCUUAUUCUCCUCCUCAUCACGUGGUCAAUUGGACACAGACAAAUCAGAUAGAACCUUAGGACUCAGGGAUAACCAAUCAUCUGUGCGGAAAAGGGAAGAUGGGGUUUCUGAUUGGUUAUUCCCUGGGCAAGGAGAUUCAGCUGACAGGCAGGAGCAUGUGGCAGCAUUUUUGCCUUGGACAGAAAGUCAAGACCCCUGGGUUGGAUUAGAGAAGACAGAUGCAAGUGCCCUCCUGGAAAUUCCAGGAGAUUCCAACCUUCACUCUACUGCUGUAGAUAUAAACUCUACCAUGUACAGGAAGAUACCAGAUGCAAAGGCCAAAGAGCAUGUCCCCAGGGUCACAAUGCAGCAUUUAGGUUUAGAGACAGAAAUACACUCCAUCAGCAUGCUGGCCCGUAGGCCUGGCGAAGUUCUAUCUAAUCAAUACAGCCUAGAGGAGAUAAAAGGAUCAGGAGAACAGAGAACAGAGGGGUGUGCAGGAAUUGCACAGAAGGAGCCUUAUGACAUUACCUAUCUUACAGCGCAGAAGAUGCUGGAUAAUUUUAUAAGCCAAAUUCCUUCCCAGUCAAAGGAGAGGCAGUCACAGAGAGAUCGUGAGGUCGGGGACUGGACCAGAGGGCCUACAGAGGGGCUUUAGGCUGGUUUAUAUGAUUGAUUCAUGUUGGCCAAAUUAUUGAGACUGGUUUGGGUUAGGAAUAUAAUUGGAGAAAUGCAGACAGGGAUUUUGUGUGCUUGUUUUUCCAUCUCAUUAAAGACAAUGUUCUUCUUCAGACAGGACCUUCAACUACUGAUACAUUAAUUAUUUCUUCAUAGUACAAAUUUUGUAUCAGU